UGCUCGGGUCUGGAUCUGGUGGGACAGGGCCGGAUGGAGGGUCCCGUGGCCCGGGGACAGGCCUCCUCCUGCGGGCUGCAGCUGCUCCUCCUCCCGCUGCUGCUGCUGAGCUGCUGCGGAGCAGAAGAAGAGGUGUUGAUGAACACUAAGUCAGAGACAUCCGAUCUUCGCUGGAUGAAUCAUCCUCCCGACGACCCAGAGUGGGAGGAAAUGAGCGGAUUGGAUGAUGAGUCCAACAUGGUGCGGAUAUAUCAGAUCUGCACGCCUGAUAGUCCGUCCUCCUAUUGGCUCAGGACUCGCUGGAUCCCCCGGAGGGAGGCGACCACCCUCUACGUGGAGAUCCGGUUCACCAUGAUGGAGUGUUCCGCUCUGAACCAGCGUCACUGUAAAGAAACCUUCAACCUUUAUUACUACCAGUCCGACAGCGACGAGGCCACGCCCACUCACCCGUCCUGGAUGGAGAACCCUUACACCAAAGUCUCCACGGUUGCGGCCGACCACCUGCUGCGACACGGUGGAGAACGGCGCUCCAACGUCAAAUUGUUACGCCUGGGGCCAUUGCGGGGGGCGGGGCUCUACCUGGCCUUCCACAGCCAGGGUACCUGCAUGGCGCUGCUGUCCGUACGCGUCUUCUACAGGAAGUGCCCGCCCCUCCACCGCGCCUUUGCUUCCUUCCCUGAAACCAUCCCCCACUCUCUGGUGGAGCAGGCUCAGGGUGUGUGUGUGGAAAACGCAGUGACGCCGCCAGGAGAACUGUCACGACCUCCCAGCAUGCUUUGUGGCGAGGACGGGCAGUGGGUGGGGCAGCCCACAUCCAGCUGCGCCUGUCGCCCCGGAUACGAGGCAGGCGAGACCGACGUGCGGUGUCGAGCCUGUCCAUCUCGUCAGUUUAAGGCGGGGUCAGGACCUGGUGUGUGUAACCCCUGUCCCACCAAUAGCAACACACGGAUCCCAGGCUCCGCCUACUGCCUGUGUGACUCUGGUUACCAUCGAGCCGACUCCGACCCGCCGCACGCCGCUUGCACCCGCCCCCCCUCAGCUCCCCGCUCCAUCGUGAGCCAGGUCAACGACACCAUGGUGACUCUGGAAUGGAGUGAGCCGCUGGAGCGAGGAGGACGAGGAGACCUGAGCUACAGAGUCCUGUGCUCCAGCUGUGGAUCCGCCUCAGCCCCCAAGGGAUUGGACGGUUCCUGUUCUCCUUGUGAUGACAGCGUCCUGUACCGCCCAGCGCAGCGCGGUCUGACUCAGCGCCGCGUCGUCGUCUGGGGACUCCGCCCAUACACUAAGUACACCUUCACCAUCCAAUCGCUGAACGGCGUCUCUGCUCUCAGCCACUCAGAGCCGGCCUCGGACAGAGUCAACGUCACCACCAGCAGAGACGUUCCUGCUCCAGUGUCUGGUCUGAGGAGGACGGCGUCCUCAGAGAACAGUCUGACGUUAGAGUGGAACGUUCCUGUUCUUCAGAACCAGUACCACAUCCUGGACUACCAGCUCCGCUACAGUCCCAAGGAUGGCGAGGAGGUGGGUCAGUGGCAGUACGUGUCCACCAGGUCUUCUUCGGUGGUGCUGACGGGGCUGCAGCGGGCGGCGCAGUACGAGGUGCAGGUCCGCGCUCGCUCACAGGCGGGAUACGGAUCAUUCAGCACCGCGAGCAGCUUCAACACACAACCUGACGGUGUGAGCAGCUCUCAGCUGGUGGUGACAGCUGUUUUGAUCUCCAUGGCGAUACUGCUCCUCAUCGCCGUGGUGAUGGUCGCUGUGUACUGUUACCGCAGGAGAAAGACAGACAGACAGAUGAAUGAUAAGACCGGACACUAUCAGAUGGGACAGACGAUGAAGGUGUACAUUGACCCGUUUACCUACGAAGAUCCCAACGAGGCCGUGAGGGAGUUUGCCAAAGAGAUCGAAGCCUCCUUCGUUAAGAUAGAGGAAGUGAUCGGAGCAGGUGAGUUCGGUGAGGUGUGUCGCGGCCGUCUGAGGAUCCCGGGCCGGAAGGAGAACUACGUGGCGAUCAAGACGCUGAAGGGCGGCUACACUGAGAAGCAGAGGCGGGACUUCCUGUCAGAGGCGUCCAUCAUGGGUCAGUUCCAGCACCCCAACAUCAUCCACCUGGAAGGCGUCAUCACCACCUCCUGUCCCGUCAUGAUCCUCACUGAGUUCAUGGAGAACGGAGCGCUCGACAGCUUCCUGAGGAUGAAUGAUGGACAGUUCACCACCAUCCAGCUGGUGGGAAUGUUGCGUGGGAUCGCAGCAGGGAUGAAAUACCUGUCGGACAUGAGCUUCGUCCACAGAGACCUGGCCGCUCGCAACAUCCUGGUCAACUCCAACCUGGUCUGUAAGGUGUCAGAUUUUGGUCUCAGCAGGUUUCUGACGGAAAACUCGUCCGACCCGACAUACACCAGCUCUCUGGGAGGGAAGAUCCCGAUUCGCUGGACGGCUCCUGAAGCCAUCGCCUACAGGAAGUUCACGUCUGCCAGUGAUGCGUGGAGUUACGGCAUCGUCAUGUGGGAGGUGAUGUCAUACGGAGAACGACCAUACUGGGACAUGAGCAACCAGGACGUGAUCAACGCCAUUGAGCAGGACUACCGCUUGCCCCCGCCGCCGGAGUGCCCCGCCUCCCUGCACGCGCUAAUGCUGGACUGCUGGCAGAAGGAACGAGCCAACAGGCCGAGGUUUUGUGAUGUGGUGGCAGCGCUCGAUAGGCUGAUCCGUAACCCCGCCUCCCUGAAGUUGACGCACCAGGAGGGCACGAGUUCGUCCCAGCCUCUUUUGGACCAGCGUAUCCCCCCUUGUCUCUCUGCCUGUGGUUCGGUGUCUGAGUGGCUUCGAGCCAUAAAGAUGGAGCGAUAUGAGCAGAGCUUUGUUCAGGCCGGUCUCAUCAGCCUGGAGAUCGUCUCGCAGCUCAACACUGAGUAUGAUCACCUACACUCACUGACACAGACCAGGCUGCCUGUCAGUCAACACUCAGGGACCAAUGACACAGACCAGGCUGCCUGCCAGUCAACACUCAGGCACCAAUGACACCGUCAACACUCUUGUUCUUGAUGAUUUUGACUCUGACCUUUGACCUUACUCUCCACCUGUUUCCAUAGAGACCUGCUCAGAGUGGGCGUGACCCUCGCCGGUCACCAGAAGAAGAUCCUCUCCUCCAUUCAGACGCUCAGGAUACACAAACCUCCACCCACCGUGCUCUACUGACCAAUCACAGAGCUGUCCUACACCACUACACUCAAGAUGCAGAAGACCUGCUGCUACUGGACCAAUGAGAGUUGCUGUGACAUUAAGGAGCACAAAGAACACUAAAUGAUUAACAUAGAGUUACUGCCCCUAAAUAGACUUCACCUACAUUAUUAUGAACAAUGGUUGGUCAGCGCUAAGGACAUAUUUAGCCCCGCCUUGUCAAACCACUACAACCAUUCCCCUCCUCAGGAAACCGAAGGCUCCUCAUACCUUCACCUGAUUGGUUGUUUGAACAAACCAGCCACUGUCCAAUCAGCAUCCAACACAGGACAUCGGAUUCAGUUCAGGGGACGCCUCUGAUUGGUCGCAGAUUAUUUCAGUUCUUCCUGGUGCUGCCCACUACAACCCUGCUGACAUGACUAAGCCCCGCCCACUGUAUUAAAGCACAGCUGGGAUUGGUUCUCAGCCCUGUCUAUCAAACAAUCAGGAUUUUCCUUUGGUGCAACAUGAACAGAAGUUUUGGUUUCUACCAGAUUCAGUUUUAUCCGAAGGGAUUUUUGUGAACUGGAUCGUGGACGAGUUUUUACUUAUUUUUCGGAAUAUUCUGGGAUUUGAUCAGAACUUUUUUACAGACAUGUUAAAGUUGUGGAAACGCUGUGGAUGAAUCAUUUCCAAACAGACUGUGGGAAUAUUUACCUGAGGAACAUCGGGACGUCCUUGGAGGAGUUAUUUUGUGAAACAUCUGAAUAUCGUACUCUUCAUAAUCAUAAUAAGAAUAUUCUGGGAUUGCGUCAGAAAACACUGGGGAACAUUUUGAGGAAAUCUUUGAGAACAUUACUGAAGUUUUCAUGGGAAUCAUUAAAAUCUGUUACAGGACAUUUUUUUAGAUUUAGCUAAUUUACUGUGACUUCUCAGUAGCUGAAAUUCCCUGGAUCACUGAGAUUUCAGGAAUAUUUACGUCAAAGUCACAGGAAACCAGCAGCUACAAAUGGUCGACUAUCCAUUCAUGGCCGAUUUCAAAUGAUCAGAUUUGGUUUAUUGAGCCUGGUUUUCUACACUGGCAUCUGAAACUAUUUUAAAGCCUUAAAGAGACACAUUCUGUUCAUCUUCAUGUUGAUUUAACGACUGAUGUUAUGACUGUAAAAUGUUUUCAUGCUCUAACGUUCAGAAUCACUGUCAUCAGACUGUCCAUCGCUGCAGCUCCUCUCUUCAGCCUCUGUCUCAAACACUUGGUUUUAGCUCCCGUCUCUUUAAGACCCCCUCUCCUGGUAAAGCCCAGUCUGCUCUGAUUGGCCAGCUGCUCCUCUCUGCUGUGAUUGGUCGACCUUUUCCAGCACAUGUAGGAACUUUUUCUCACAUCUUCGUUAGGGGGCGUGUCAGAUGGGACGAGUGGUUUCAUCACGUCGCUCUGCAGGAAGCAGCAGUUUAUCAUGUCCCAGGUUCAACUUCCACACCAGAACGGUUUUUAUUGUAGCACUUUUUGUACCUGAUAUUUGAUCACGAUCAUGUUUUUAUAAUAAACCCACAUUUGGAGAAA